AUGAUAGGAUCGAAGAAUGUUCACACAUACACUUCAUCUGCUCCCGUAAUAGGUAACCUUUGGAAUGUCUUGGACCUGACUCCGGCUUAAUCAACAAUUAGAUUACUCGGUUCGAGUUCACACGCUGCUUGAGUAUGCUUAUGCAUGAGCUUUUCCUUACUAGAGGCACCUUCGUAACUGUUGAGAUUUGCUUUAAAAAUCAUUUCCAUUACGUAAGUUACAUACCAAAAGACCAUUUUCUAGGGAUUGCUUUGCAAUUUUUUUUUUAAGAUAAUCCAGUUCCGCCUGAACUUGAAAAUCGCUUACAUUGCAAAUCUGAAAUUUGCUUUAAAAAUCGUUUCCAUUACGUAAGUUACAUACCAAAAGACCAUUUUCUAGGGAUUGCUUUGCCAUUUUUAUUAAGACGUAUCAAUGAGCUACGAUUACACACUCUGACAGCUGUAGGAAAACGUCAUAUUGUUCAAAGUUUAUUUUUGAACACCCUUAUUAGCUCAAUAAUUAUAUAUUUCAAAUAGCUAACGUGUUCGUCAUGAAAAUCGUCUACCUGUUGCCAAAGUAUUACAUUUUUCACAUAUCUUUUUCUUUCAUUCAUUAAUGUAUCCAUUUAUGUUUCUCUGAGGCUUUUUAUCAGUAGUACGUCGUAAUUUCUGUAAGGCCUGGGUACGAGAUGAAAGUAGUUUUAAGACUCUCCCUGUCAAUUACCUACCAUUUUUACCAGCGAUUAAUAUUACUUAACGACGACAUUAUCCAGGAUCUAUAAACUAAGGUAGACUUAGUAUAAGAAGUUAUUUGUCUUUCAAGCUAUGAUGCCAGUGAUGAUAUUGUUAAACAGUUGUUCUGUUUUGCAGUUUUAUCUGUGGUUCAACAGAAAACAACGAUAAAAUCAUGAUCAUGCUGGCUCUGCUUAUAACCUUGUCGCCGCUUCAGCGGAUGGCGUCCUUGGAAGGCAAAGCUAAAGCCAUGCAUUGGUCUUUUUUAUCCUGAUAUUGUAAGCUCAGAAACCUUUUUGUAGCGGGUGUUUUAAUUUAAAGAGCAAGGGAAUGUAGUCUUUGCUAAGGUUUAAGCCACGAAUCCUUUCAGCAUUUCUAUGGCUUGUGGGGUGAGCAGCAAGUACAUCGGAAACCUCAGUGUUAAUACGUAUCAAUGACAAAGAAAGAUCUUAAAAAUUUAGCGUCUAUGCCAAGUUAAAAAUGGAAGCCCCUCUUUGUCUUGUAAAUCGUUUCAGGUUUCUCUUACGUUAAAUGCCAACUUUCUGCUGAUAUAUAGAGUAAUAGUAAUUUUUUUUCCUCUAGCGUUCACCGCAACCAUGUCAGACAAUGUCUCGUUGGCUGAACAAACAACAUGCGUAGAUUCUGAGUCUGAAGAUGACUGGUAUACCAUCGAUAUCUUUAGCCACGUUCAAUCGGAGCUUGAUGAGAACAAUGUAUCCCACAAACAGCUUUUUCUAUACGUAACGAGAGCUGGUGUGAGGAGAAGAACCUUUCUGCAGGUACAUAACUUACUCAGGGAACUAGGAUGGUAUAAGAAUGUAGCCGAGUUCGCACCCUAGCUAUUGUCCACAUCAUGUGUGGGUUGUUGUUUAUUAUUGGUUAUCGUCGUCAUAAUGUUAAAUGCAGAUGGAGGAAUGAAAAUCAUAUCAGUAUCAAUCGUCAUCAGCUUAAAAAAACUGGCUAUUGUCAUUGUCAUCAACGUUAUUCCACACUGAGCUUCGUAGUUAUAUCGACCCCUUUAUCACAAGUCACCUUUUUACAUUGAAAUAAUUCACUCAAGCUUAAGGUCUGUCCCAUUUAACCAAGGUUCCUCACCAUUUGACUGCUAAGCGUUGAUUUAAAGCUUGCUUUCUUAGGAGGAAAAGAUCAGGAUCCCACUGAUCACUGUUUAUUCAAACAAUUUCUCCUGGAGAAAAACGCAGGGACCAGGGACUCUUGUGGCGAAAUUGGAGAUGGGAUCUUUUCAAGCAGUGAAAAAGGUAAUACUUCUAUACGCAGAUAAAUGUUGGCAGCCUUUGAAUUUGGGCAAACUUAUAGUAAAGGUACUACAAAACAAAAAUGAAAGCCAAGCAUCAGUGGAUCCAAUAACCCAGACUUUACUGAACUUCUCCAGCGUUAUGUGGAGACAACCGGAGUGUGAACCUUUUUUAUAUGAUUACUUAAGAAUCAAAUUGAGCUGCAAAUGAAAUUGAAAUAUCUUCUUAUUAUUACGAAAAGCAAUUAAUUAAAAAAUGGGAAAAUCAAAGCACAUUUGAUCCAAACUAUGCAUGGCCAGUAUGCAAGUUCAAACUUAUUCCAAGCAGCACAAGUAGUUAGUUAUUAGAUAUGGUUACACAUCUGGAUGAAGAAAGACAAACAGAAAAAGGUUAUGUAUCCUUUAGACAAGUGGACCAUUAACAUAUAGUCCCUCGGGCCCGCAGCAGUCAUCACCCUAUUAGAAAGAUAACUGGGACGUUUCCCUCCACCUCUCUUUUAGGGUAUGGCUGCAUGAAUUGCGGAGAAAUCAGUGGGGUGAGAUCAGACGUUUACAUGUGCAGCUGCCCAGCACCUCAAAUUAUUAUCGCGCCUCACCCAUCCGCAUUGAAAAGGGGCACAAGUCACCUUUUCCAUGACAAUCACGUUGGGGUCUGCUUUUCCUCUUCAUUUCGAACAAUGUUUUGGAUUCUUUUAUGUCCCCUUCUAAAUGAAAAAAGUUUAAAGUAGCCAAGGAAAACAUAAAAUUGUCAAUGAUUUGGUCAUUUGAACAGAAGAAAGAUCUUAUUCAUUUGGAUUAUGACUGCACUGGUCUUUUGGAACGUAUUUGGGUUGGUUAGCUAAUGGCGCUUCACGCUCCCAAUCAAUAGAAAGGCACUCUAAAAUGGGAGGGCGAUGGUUGCAUAUGUGCGCGAAUUAAUAGUAAUAGGCAUUCCGUAAUUACACAAGUAUUGGGAUUACUUAGUGACCUUAACGUAUACUGAUAUUAUUCAUGGUAGGUCGAUAGACGGAAGAUUGAGGAAAUGCGAUUCCCUGAGAAAAUGACAUUUAGUUUGCCACCAAGUGAUGCGUCGUUCAUGAACGUAAAGGCCGAGCUAAUCGAUGAAAGUGCAAAUGAGAUAAUUUUGGAAACAGAGCAGUUGAAAGUCCCACUAUCCCUGGUACGUAUAACGAUUUUUUUUCUUUUGUACCCAGGGCCGUUAUUCGCGUCUACGUUUUCUAUGGGAAAAUGGCACUAUCGCCUUGAUGGUUGGAGAAUAGGACCUAGAAAACCAUGGGUCUUUGAAAAUUUGGAUCCGAUUUCAGAAAAUCGAUUGAGCGUGCCUAAAAUAAUAAUUGACAUUUUUUCCCAUGAGUUGUAACAAGGAGUUGGACGUCUGAAAGCCAUUUGCUAAUGAUGAUCACAUUGUGGAGUGUUUCAUGGUAUCUCUCCUUCGCAGGAAGUAUUUUCAGAACAAAGGGGAAUCUGCAGAGAAGAGGAAGAAGUGUUUCUUUUCAUAAUGAACCUUUCUUUCUUUCUUUUUCUUAUCUUUUUAGCUUCCACAGAGCGACACAAAGCCUCCAGUUGAAAACGAACUUGUUAUUCUUGAACCAGCCGAGUCGAGUGUAGUAACUGAGGAACUUACGAUCACGUGACAAAAAGAAAAUGGUUUUCAACGACUUUCUAAAUGUUGUGGUGUAAUUUUAUCCUUGGUUUAAAUCAAGGUAAAUGUGAAUAAGGACACGGUGUUACCCUGCUUUAUAAUUAAACGAAUUUUCCCGCUGUUUAAGUCAGCUGAGUAGAAAUUGUUUUUUUUUUUUUUCCGUAAUAUCAUGGAUGACAAAUUGCUCCUUAAUUUUGGCGCGAAAUUUCAGCGUCAAUUUAUAAUUACCUACCGUACGUGUUAGUGCCAAGACGGCGGCAAAGUUUAGUAAAAUAUCGUGAAUGAAGAUAUCAGGUUUAGAAGACCUAAACACACUAAAGAGCUUAUCAAGAAGGAUUCUAUAAGAAGG